AUGAACCAGCCUGGGACAAUCAAAACGCUCAACUCGAUCAACGUGACUGCGUGCUUGAAUCACACGGUGGACCCUCCGAAGUCAGCGCAAGCUACCCCCACCCGACUAACCGAAGCCAAAGUCAUGCCGCUGCAAGCCAUGCAACGCACGACAGAGUCGGUCAUCCAACGACUUUCGAACAGUAGCAUGAUGAGCACCAACCCCAGCGUGGCACAGGUGGAUGGACUGUGGGGGGCGUUGCGCCAAGUGCUGCGAUCGAAAGGACUCGUGACCAUCGUGCAAGUUCGCCGAACCAUCUUGCAGUAUGGAAAAACCAUCGCCGCCACCCAAGUGCAAGCCGCGCUGGGGCAAACCGCUCAAGUCACGUUGCCGACGGAGAUCGUUCAGAAACUCGUGGACGACGUGCGCCAACGCUGUCCGCUGCGUGGCGAAGAUGUGACAAGCGCUCGGGCGUCCACGGCCGGAUUCUGGAAGUGUCUGGCCAUGCCCAAGGACGACCAGUUGGUGAAAAUGGCCAAGCGGGUGUUUGCCCACUUGCAAGUCGAAGCCAAAGGCGACUGCACGCCGCUGGUGUUGGCCAAGGCGUAUGACGCCCCCAGCCAUCCAUCUGUGAUGCUCGGCCUCAUGCCCGCUGAAGACGUGUUCAAGGACUUUGCACGGUGUUUCGACGUAGACUCGUCAGGGUGCAUUCCGUACGACAGCAUGGAUACGUACUGCAGCGACCUAUACUUUUCGGUGGGGGAGCUUCGCCACUGCCUCCAAAUGUUGCGAGAUGUGUUCCACGUCGAGAUCCCCACCACGACGUCUUAA